AUGAAAUGCGUUGCGCUCAUUUUUGUGUGCAUCGCUUUUCACGUCCAGCAGGGAGUGGGACCAUUGCGCGUUAAACGCAGGGGCGUCUCUUCUUGCCCGUCGUUCGUCCUACACCCACGAAAAACAAACGGGGGACACACCAACCGAAUAAACAAAGGUCAUAACUACAAGACCUUCUUAUGGGGGUACCCCAUUUAUGAUGAUUCACCCUUUAAAUUGAGGAGGCCAAAAAUAUACCCCAACUUUGAAUAUGGCGAGCUCAGGAAGUCACAAGAUUUCGAUUACGUCAUAAGUACAAACAUUGCACAGAAGAACUACAAAAUCCCCGAUGUUGGCUACCUGUACAAUGUGGAAGAAAUGGGCACAGGCAGAACUGAUGACGUGUAA